AAGGCUUCUUGGGAUUUGGGAGGCGAUCUGGCGUUAAUGCGCCAGAAGCUACAGCAGAUACAUCUGAUGGGUCUGGGACGCAUAUUUCUGGGACUCCCGAGACUCCCCAGGCUUCUAGUAGUUCACGGGCUAGAAGGCCUAGGGGCCCUACAGCUGCCUCUAUCAGAGAGAGAGAGGUUAAGGCACCUGAUGGGAGGACGGUAUUUAAGAGGCAUCCUACGACUGGGUAAGUAUUUUAGUUUAAAUUACUGUUUCUCGUACACCAUGAUUAAGUGAUAAAAUUACUUGUACACAGUGUUUUGUUGGAGCCCACUGGCUUGUCCAAAGCUUGCACGCGCACAUUUAAGAUGUUUGAUAACCCAGGCGGGUACACAUGGAAGUUGACGCCCCCGGCGAUGAAGGAUAAAUUUUUUGAUGAAUUACAGAAAGAGUUUCUGUGGCAGCCCGCUGAUGAGCGUGACGUGAGGAAAAUGUGGGUGAAAAACGCCCGCAAAAGGUACUCCGACAUGAUGAGCGACUACAAGGCAGACCUCAAGCAGUGUACCCGCCAAGGGAGAGAGAUGUCUAGACCUAUCUGGAUGACUCCCGAUUUUGGACUGGACUUCGGGAUUACUGGCAUACUCCCGAGGUUGAGGCUGUUUCAGAUCGAGCACGUGCCAACCGGAUGUCCGAGCCCGAUGGGGAGGGUACAGAGAUCAGUAGGCACGUGGGCGGGUCCCAGUCGACUCCAUAUGCUGGAUUCGAGCGAGUCUGAAUUCUAUGCCUCUCUCUCUCUCUACGCGCUCCGUGUCUCUCGCCACGCCGUUGCCGCUGCCGCCGCCGCAGGCCCACAGUCCCCCAGCGCAGUGUGA